AUGGAUUCAUCUUGUGCCGAUGACCACAAUUCGCUGCCGGUGGAAAAUUCAACCAUUAGAGCUGGACCUCCUCCGCCUCCGCCUCCUCUUCCUUCUAGGCAAGCUUCAGGGCCUACAAUUUCUGCUUUAGUGCUCCUACUGCCACCUCCACCUGUCCCCAGUUCUUCAUGCAAGCUUCUUCAAACUGCACCAGAGAGUGCUUCAUGUGUCCCAUCUGCACCACCCCCGCCUGUUCCUUCCGUUAAGGUAAGUAUUGGAGAUCAGAGUUUGUCCAAGUCUCCCUCUCCUACACCUCCAACUCUUGCCCCACCUUUUAGUUCUCCAUCUGGUACAAAGGGACGAGGUUUGUCACGUCCUAUAAGUUCAAGAAAUAAUCAAACGAAGAAGUUGAAGCCAUUCCAUUGGUUGAAGUUGACAAGAGCAGUGCGAGGAAGUCUGUGGGCUGAGGCAGAAAAAUCUGGCGAAGCUUCCAAGGCACCAGAGAUUGAUAUGUCAGAACUUGAGAGUCUUUUCUCGGCAGCUGUUCCAAAUUUAGAUCAAGGGGGAGCAGGCCGCAGAUCAGGUUCUCAUUCUUCACUUGGGCAGAAGCCUGAUAAAGUGCAACUGAUGCAGGCUUGUACUUUUAUCAAUUGA